AUGACCCCAGUGAUUGACGUGUAUGUGACCUCGAUCUUGUCGAGUGCCCAACUCCGCACCAAGCACGAUCGCGUACAGCGCAUCCUCGUAUCCGCGCGAGUACCGUUUUCGACCCAUGAUGUACGUUCAUCUCCAUAAACACCCCUAUCCGCACUGCACGACGUACUGACACGCCGUACGAUGACGAUCGGAAUUCGCCGGUGACUCUCUCUCUCGACGUCGCUGGGUCCUUGGUCCUUGUGCCUUUCUCUCUCUGUGCUCAGGUGGCCAGCAGCGAAGAAGCCAAGCUCGAAUGGAAGCGCCGCAACAGGAAUAACAACGAGCUACCUUGCAUCAUCGUCGAUGGACAACCCGUGGGGGUCAGUCAUGCUUCUCACAUGCUCCAGUCCAUAUCGCUUAGCGCGCGCCGGAUGCUGACGCCUUUCGGUUUGCUGCUGACUGGGCUCGCUCGUGUGUGGGGUCCCACUUGACCCGCUUGCGCCGUCGGAUCAUCAGACGAUCGAACAACUGGAUGAGGCGUGAGUGAUUUCGGUCAAGACAAUCAACACUUUCUCGGAUGUAAAUAAUUGACUCGUCCGUGUGUGGGUAGUGUUGAAUUUGGUGAACUACGACAAGUAGGUCCACCACCGCGGACGCUGCCCGGCCGUCACGGCACCAUUCUGGGGCUGACCUUUUUUCGCACCGUUUUGCACAGUUUCUCCGACUCGAUGAACACACGAGCUCUACAACAACAGAAACAACCCCACCUCCCCCACCUCCCUCCAGCGAGAAACCGAGCAGCCUCAAAGCGACCGUCGACGAUUUUGCCUCUCUCUCCCUAACCGAGACCGAACUAGCCCAACUGUCCCAAGAACUCUCCUCGAACCAAACACUCUCCCUACCCGAAGCCGAACCCCCUUCCCUCACUUCCCGAUCUUCGCACGGUUUCGCAACUCAAGUGCAUGACGUCAUGCCUUUGAACUUGCAUCGAUCGGAUAAAGAUGCUGAAGGGAAUCGGAUCGAGUAUCGUCGAGUAGGCGAUCAUCAACGACCUUUGAGGAUCGACGCGAGUCAGGAUUUAUCGGUUCUGGAUGGGGUCGAAGAGGAUGAAUUGGAAAAAUUGGCGAGGGAGUUGGAGAUGGAGGAAGAGGAGGAGCAAAGGGUUCAACGAGUGGGGGGGAAGGUCGAGGCACCUUCCCCUCCUCCGAAGGAUGAGGUCCCUUUGUCUUUGCAGGUCGAGAAGGAGACACCUCCUACACCCAAGGAGGAGAUUCGCAACCCAACGGAAAAUUCCGAACCUUCGACUUCGACUUCGACGAACUUCGUUCCCGUCGAUAGCGUAGGAGGUGAUGGUGGUGCCGGACUCUCUAAACCGCUAGAACAAGUGCAGGAACUCGACCUUUCAUCGGACCAAGUCGACGAACUCUUGUCAACGCAGGAUACGGAGAAGAAGGAAAUUGAGGUGCUUCAACCUACCGAGUUUGAGAAAUCUGCGAUUGAGGCGACGAAACUUGAGAAACAGCAUGGUUCGGUGCAGGAAGGAGAGGACUUGAACGGAACGGUAGGGGAAGAGGAGAAAUCGGAGCCCAAGAGCAGUAAAGAUGAGGUCGACAAGUUGAAGAAGGAUUUGAAGGAGGGAGGUACUGGUGGUUUGAACAGGGUCGUAGAGUUGGAACUGGGUGUACCCAAGGAGGUGGCGGCGCAGGGCGAGACAGUACGUUCCGACGAAGUGGAAAUUUCGAUGUGA